GUCCCGCCCUCGGGGGUCGCUCCGCCGCCCGUAGAAGCGGUGUGGUGACGUCAUCUCGGCGCGCCGCGGGCAGGGUCCGGGAUGCAGCGGGCGGCGCGAAGCGCGGUGUGGGCGCUCCCGGCCCGGUUCUUCCGCGCCGCCGCCCCGGUGCUGGCGGCGGACAAGGAGUCGCUGCUGCAGCUGCGGCGCCGCACGGGGCUCCCGAUCCUGCAGUGCCGGGACGCGCUGCAGCGCUGCGGGGGGGACCUGACACAGGCCGAGGCCUGGCUGCUGGAGCAGGCGCGACGCCAGGGCUGGAGCAGCGCCCCCGUGGCACGGGAGCCGGCGCGGGAGGGGCUGGUGGGGCUCCUGCGGGAGGGGCCGGCGGCCGUGAUGGUGGAGCUCAGCUGCGAAACCGACUUCGUGGCGCGGACCACCGAGUUCCAGCGCGUGGUGGCGCAGGCGGCGCUGGGCGCUAUGGAGCUGUGUCGGAGGGCGCCCCCUGCCGCCCGGGCGUGCUCACAGCACUUCCUGCAGCCUGAGGAACUUGCUGAGCUCCAGACCGGGCCUGGGGGUGGGCCCCUGAGUGAGGAGCUGGCGCUGGCCCAGGGCCGCCUGGGCGAGGCCGUAUCCCUGCGCCGCGCCGCGUGGCUGCGGGUGCGGCCCGGGGCCGGGUUCGUGUCCGGGUACGCGCACGGGGGCCCCGCUGCGGAUCCCGGCUCGGGGCCGGUGGCGCUGGGGACGCUGGGCGCGCUGGUGGCGUGCGGCGCGCGGGGCGUGGCGCGGGGCGGCGCGCGCGUCGCCGCGCUGGAGGCGCUGGGCCGGCAGGUGGCGCAGCACGUGGUGGGUUUCGCGCCACGGCGCGUGGGGCGCGCGCGGGAACGGCGGCGGGGCGGGGAGGAGGAGGAGGAGGCGCUGCUGGCGCAGGAGUUCCUGCACGCGCCGGGGCGCCGCGUGGGGCGCGUGCUCCGCGCGCUGGGCCCGCUCUGCGUCACCGGCUUCGUGCGGUUCCGCUGCGGGGAGGAGCCCACCGCGGACGUGACCUCACGGUGACACCACCCCUCCCCCC